ACAAUAGUAUCUCUGUAGCAACAAAAUAUCUAAGUCCACCAUCAUCAUCAUCACACACGUGACAAUGACAACAAAGACAAAGAUAGAACUAACCAACAACGUAGCUGCAACGAAACAACACUAUCAAUGUCGGCGCUCAUAUUUCACUACACUUUUCAAUGGCCCCAUUUUUCUUCCACCGCCAUCAAAACUACUCUCACCACCUUCCACCGCCUUUUCACCCCCUUUUUAUAUAUUCUUCACCACCACUUCAUUUUUAACUCAUACCCUUUAUACCCCUCACAAAAAAAAAACCGUUUUUUUCUCAUACCCAUUAUACCCCUAACAAAAAAAACCGUUUUUUCUGUUACUCAAAACUUAACAUGAACCCAAACCAUGAAAAAAUCUCUCCCAAAUUUUCAUCUCCUUUGAGCUCACCUUCCAUGGUGGAGGUUGAAGCAUCAUUAUCACCUGUGCCUAUGGAGUGUUUGCAAUUGAACAACCCGGUUCCUCCAUUUCUUUCAAAAACAUUUGAUUUAGUUGAUGACCCUUCUUUGAAUCCAAUUAUAUCAUGGAAUUCUAAUGGUGUUAGCUUUGUGGUGUGGGAUCCAUUGGAGUUUGCUAGAAUUGUCUUGCCUAGACAUUUCAAACACAACAAUUUCUCCAGUUUUGUUCGUCAGCUUAAUACUUAUGGAUUCCGUAAAAUCGACACCGACAAAUGGGAGUUUUUCAAUGAAGGUUUCCAGAAAGGGAAGAAGCACUUACUGAAGAACAUUCAAAGGCGCCGGUCGUCUCCAUCUCAGCAAGUUGGUAACUAUGUUGGAUCUUCUUCUGAUGCAGGGAAAUCUGGAGUUGAGGUCGAGAUAGAAAGACUGAGGAAAGAGAGGAGUGUGUUAAUGCAAGAAGUGGUUGAUUUACAGCAACAACAACGAAUGACGGCUUCUCAUGCAGGUAAUGUGAAUCAAAGGCUUCAAUCUGCUGAACAAAGACAGAAACAAAUGGUAUCUUUCUUAGCCAAGUUGUUUUCAAAUCCGGACUUUUUAGCGCGACUUAAGCAGAAGAAAGAACAAAAAGAUAUAGAAUCUCCAAGAGUGAGAAGGAAGUUUGUUAAGCAAAACCAAAAUGAAGAAGAGAAUCUUAAAGAUGGGAAAAUUGUGAGGUACCAACCCAAUUGGGAGAACAUAAACAUGUCUUGUGAAACUCAAGAACUAAGUCAUGUUUCCGUUGAACACUCUCCUCACUAUUUUUCACAUGAUUUAGCUAAAGAUAUAGGUGUUGAAGAUUUUACUUCUCAAAUUGAGAAUAUUUCAUUAGAUAAAUAUGCUGCAAUGCAUGAAAAUAUUUCAUCUAAUUCAGAAACCAUUAUUGGUGAAGGAUCAUCUAGCUUUGGUUUUGAUGAACCUUUUUCCAAAGGGAAAAAUGUUAUUAGUCCAAAUGAAGUAGUUAUUCCUGAGAAUUUUAAAGGGUUUCAAGAGUUUCAAUCUAUUGGGACUGAAAACAUUAUCAAACAAGAAGAUAUAUGGGAUCCUAAUUUCAAUAUUGGUGUUACUACUACUUCAAGCUGUGGGAAUGAAAUGUGGGGAAAUCCUAUCAAUUAUGGAGUGCCAGAUUUUGGAGUUAUGUCUGAGACAGAUAUGUGGGAUAUUGGUUUUGGAAGUUUAGGUAUUGAUAAGUGGCCAGCUGAUGAAUCUCCUUUUGAUGAGAUAGAUAGUCAAGGUGGUAAGCCAAAAUAUGAUUAGACCUGCCUAAGAAAAUGUCGAUUUGUUAAGUUUGGCGGAAUCACGGUAGUUGAUAUGAUUUUGACAAAUUCUACAUUUUAGAGUUUCGACAAAAUUAUGAUAUUACUUUGAUUUCGUCAAAUUCACUAUAAAUUUAAACUUUUAAUUUUAAACAUGCACUCAGCUGCUCUGCACUAGUUGCAUUUGAGCACUUUAUUAUAGUUCCUAGGGGUCAUAUUAUUGAAUAACUUUGAUUUAUAAACAGUGUUGAAGCUUUCAUUCUUUCUUUAUUUGCAAUUUUUAUUUUUUUUAGCAUGCUUUUCAUUGUAAAUUCUAUUUUUUAUUUAUUUCAUUCUAGUAAUCAUUCUUUAGUAUUAAUAGAAAUACGAACACAUUCGUAUUUGUAUUGUACUUUCUUGUGUAUAUAUAUUUUAUUGUAUAAAAUUCGAUAUAAUUUAAUUCAUUGUUUCAAUUUUAUAUGA